GACCUCCCCGACGAGCUCCUCGAAGCGGUGCUCCUCAACCUCGGCUCGCCGCUCCACCUCAUCCGCGCUGCGGCCACGUGCAGGCGCUGGCGCCGGGCCGUUGCCGGCGCAGGCUUCCUGGCUUGCUGUCGCGCCCUCCACGGCGCGCCGCCCGUGGCCGGCCGCUACUACGUCACGGACAUGCUGCCUCCAAACGCGACGGGGCGGUGGGGCCGGCCGGCAAGGAAACGGCCGGCAGCCUUCGUGCCCUCGUCGCCGGCCGUCGUCGACGCGGGCCACUUCUCCCUCGACUUCCUAUACGCUCCGCCGGUGGAAGGCGACCGCCCACGCCGCAUGUACAUGUACGACAACCGUUCCAGCCGUAUACGGCGUAGCCAGAGCAGGGAGAUCGUCGACAGCCGCGGCAGCCUCCUCCUCCUGACCAGCACGCCGUGGUGGGAGUCCAUAGACCCAAGGCGCUGGUCACCUGACUUCAUCGUGUGCGAGCCCGUGUCACGGCGAUAUCAGGGGAUCGCGCGCCCGGCCGACCUCAGCCAUCUCCCGUUACUUGGCGCCUUCCUGCUAGAUGGUGUCGGAACCUGCGCCGGCGACGCCAUGUCAAACUUCAGGGUGCUAUCCGUGCUCUACGAGCGCAGCAGGUGGCGCUACCAGUUCUGCACGCCACGGGCGUGCGUGUUUACUCCAGGUAGCGACGGCGGGUGGCGCAUAUGUUGGCACGCCAUGAACGACGACGACGUUGAAGUCCCAGAUAUAGAGAGGAGCCAUUUUGCUGGACGAGCCGCCAGGAAGGUCUACUGGGGGAUGGAGACCAGUAGCCUGCUCGUGCUCGACGAGAGCACGCUCAAGUUCUCGCUCCUCGCCUUCCCGGCGCCUAUGCAGCUGCCGAAUCGGAGGAUCAGCUUCCGUGUCAUUGGUGGCGUGGACGGUGGAGACACGGUGCGCGUCGUGCGCUUGGACGGCGAUGACCUCGAGGUGUUCUGUCAGCUACCGGAUUCCGGCGAGUGGGUGAUAGAGAGGAGCAUCAGUCUGAGGGACGCGACCGCGAAUCUGCCCGGUUGGGAAUACUGGUUCUUUAGGCUGCCGGCGAGUAUUGUCGCUGCAGACAAUACCUCCGUGGUGCUGACGCCGGGGGAGAAAACCUGGCUCUUCUCCGUCGACCUGGAGACCAUGGAGGUGGAAAAUGAGCACGUGAGGAACCGGGACGUCGGGCCAUCAUACCCGUGCGCGCUGCCAUGGCCUCCCGUUCUGCAAGCUUGCGUAAAUCAUGGCGACGCUACUGGGAGGAGAAGACACAGGACAGCGCCGCGGUCCGCAGGUGCGGCUGGCGUGAUGCUUUGAGUCGUUGUGGACUAAAAUUAAGCCAAUAAUUCAGGCUUCGCGCACAUGGUACGACCUGCAUUACCGUUCAAUGCAACCGGGUCGAAGAUUCCUUUUCCAAUUUGUUUAUGUAAGUAACUUGUGUUCUUGUAUCCUAUCCUAUAAAAAUCUAAAUAUGCGCUGUUGUGUG